AUGUCUUUAGACGUCGAUGCCAUCGCAGAAAUAUCCCAUGGCUUGUCAUCAAAACCUCAAAUCCAAGCCAGGGUCGACCUUUUCAAGACCUGGGGUAUUCCAUCAGGGUCAAAAAUACUUGAAAUCGGCUGUGGACAAGGGGAUUGCACUCUGGCGAUGGCCUAUCUAGUUGGAGAGAAGGGCCACGUGACAGGAGUCGACCCAGCGCCCCUAGAUUACGGCGCACCUAUGACUUUAGGCCAAGCACAAGAAAAGCUUAAGCAGAGUACGAUCGGUAACCGAAUCACAUUCCACCAAUCAGAUCUCGAAGGGUUCCUCAGUUCCAGCAGCUCAGAACCACUCUACGACUAUGCCGUGUUCGCGCGUUGUACUUGGUACCUCCCAUCUGCCGAAGCAUUGACGCCGAUGCUGGUAGCUCUACGUGGAAGAGCAAGACACCUUCGCAUUGCAGAGUACUCAACCGAUAUCCAAGGGGAUAUUGCCGCUCUGCCACAUCUACUAGCGGCAAUCUCACAAGCGGAGUACAACUCCAGGGACGAUAACUUGGACCGCGAUGAUAAUAUUCAGUCUAUCAUAUCCCCACAGAAGAUUCGUGAGAUAGCGCUCAAUGCGGGAUGGGAGUUUGAGAGGGAAGACGUCAUCAAAUCUCCGGAGGAUCAAGAAGAUGCGAAAUGGGAGGUUAGUCGCGUUCUCUCGCAGGCUUAUCGUGAUAGGUCGCGAUCAUCUGGUGGUGUGAGUCGUCAAGACUACGCAGAUGCGUUGAUCAAUGCCGUUGAAGAGAGUAAGCGUGCACUUGGGCCGAGCCCAGGUCCUAAGCUCAGGACUUUACCUACAUGGCUGGGCUCGUGGGUUUAA